UGAAGCAGGAAGUAGACGGACCGGACAGGCAGCUCGUGUCUGCUUUGUUCUAACAAUUGCGUGUUAAAACUGAGUAACAUACUUUAAAACUAAAAGGAAUAUAUUCCAGUUAUUUUUUUGGAUGUCUAUAUCGUUCGAGGAUUAGUUGGUUUGGUCGCUGUCCGAGCAGCAGGUUCUUCUCAUCUAAAUGUGAGCUGAAGCUCUAACUCUUUCCGACAUGUUGCCACCUCAGAGACGCCACCUGUCUCACCUGCUUCUCACAGUCCUGCUCUUUGGUGGCUGGGCAGCAGACGGAGCUCAGAAUGGGUCAGAAGCGGAGGCGGUGCCGGUGGCGGUGCCGGUGGUGGUGCCGGUGCCCCUCAUGCGUCUAGUCAUCCUCUCCAGCGGGGACAUUGUGGUGAAUGAGGGAACCACCGCGCUGAUAGAGUGUAAUGUGACCGGAGGCUACAAUGACACCAAGUGGUUCAACUCUAAUGGACCUCUGCUGGGUGAAAAAUGGCAGAUUCAGGAGAAUGGAGCUCUGAACAUCACUCUGGUCUCCUUCAAUGAUCGUGGCCGCUUCACCUGCGUCACCACCAGUUGGACAGGCGAGACUAAAAACUACACCGUAACUAUUCGUGUUGCCCACAACAGCAGUGGCCUGGGCCUGUACUUCGUCAUCGUCUGCCUGGUGGCCUUCGCCAUCACCGUGCCCCUCAACAUAGCACGUCUUUGCAUGGUCAGCAGCCACCUCAGGAAGACCGAGAGAGCCAUCAACGAGUUCUUCCGCACCGAGGGCGCAGAGAAGCUGCAGAAGGCGUUGGAGGUCGCCAAGCACAUUCCCAUCAUCACGUCCGCCAAGACGCUGGAGCUCGCCAAGGUCACACAGUACAAGACCAUGGAGUUCGCUCGGCACAUGGAGGAUCUGGCUCGAAGCGUUCCUUUGCCGCCGCUCAUCCUCAACUGCCGCACGUUCUCAGAGGAGGUCGUGGACACGGGGAACAAAGGGGCUCAGGGUGAGACAUCGUUGUCUGUGAUCAGACCAGAUCUAGGCCAUGAGGAGGAGGAGGUUUGCCAGGCACUACUGUCAAGUGGACGCCACACUGAAGGUGACUUGGAUGUCAAAGUUUCGAUCCACACAGUUUCUGAUGAGGAUGCUGAGAUGGGCCUACGUUUGCCUGGCUCACGAACAAGUGUGUCCUAUGAGAGCAACAUAUAGGCAUAGCUCUUAGAUCGGUCAGAAAUAAAACACAUCUUCAGAAGUGUUAGCUGUCCAAAUGCAAGGGUUUAGAAUACAUUUGAAAAAGAAGAAACAUGAGCAAAUUGGGUUGAAAAUUGAGGUUUGUUAUCAUUAAGAUUUAGUGAGUCUGGUUUUGCUUGUUGAAAGAACAGCUCUAGCAUUUUUUCUGUCUGUUUUCCACUUUGUUUUCUGUGAGAUGGGCAUCCUCACUACAAAGGAUUUUAUACAAUAUGACUACAACUGUGGCGAACCAAAUAUCUGCUGAGUCAUGUUCAUCCUCCCUUCUGCAUGAAAGUAUUUCCAUGCAGGGAUGACAUUUGACUAGAGUCAUUUGCCACAUUAUUAAUACUACACGCUUUACCAGUGAUUUUCAACAGGUCAAAUGUUCAGAAACCAAAAAGCUGUUUCAGAACUAAUUCUUGUAAACUCCAUCAACAUAGCUCAGAAUUUGACAAUAUAUAGCUUCAUUCUUUAUGUUUCAGGACAAAAAGUUGUAAUAAAAUAUUGUCAUUUCAUUGUGUUGAUUGUUUUCAUGUCACUGCUUCCUGUCAAUCAUCUGACACUCACUGUAAGAAGUGGAAGACUUAGAAAUGAUGCCUCAAUAACAACAAGUCCCUUUGACGUGGAUGUUUCAAAGGCAGCAGAGGAACUGGAAUGUACAAGUGAUUACACGGCUUCAAUGUCUAAUGAAAUGGAAAAUGUUUGAAACAUUACUAUGCAGGUGUAAUCUAUCAUAUUUUGAUAAAUGCAUGCCUGUAUAAGUCAGGGACUCUUUUUCUUGAUGAUGGUGGUGCAGCGUUUCCUCUGCAUUGCUCAUUUUGUACAUGUUCUUAAGUAGUUUCCAUGUGUAAUGAUAAGAACACAGUUUGUCCAUAUACUGGGUAAGGUGUCUCCUCAUACAAAUGUGUCCUCAAUAACAGCGGCACCUCUACAUGGGGUCAAAGGCUCAAGAAACUGAGAUUUGUUUCAGUAAAAUUAGACUAUGAAGAUGUUUAUAAUGAGCUUGUUUAUGCUUUGGAAGUUAAAGACAAAAUAGUCAUUUAAAAAGAUGACAUUGUGCUUGUAGAAGUGGUUGAUAAGUUUUAUAACAAACAACAAUGUUUUAGCCAUAGACACAGCUCCACAGAUGUGUUCCUGUAUCUCGGGAGUAAAACAUGUAUAUCAGUUACGUGGAUGGGACAAGAGUUUGGACGAUUUGUGUUUUGUCAUACUGUUUAUUGGUUGUGAUAUUCUUUUGCCGAGUCUUGUAAUUGUUUAUGUGCUGUUGUUGAUGUGAAGGUGUAAUCAUUUAAAGAUGUGUAAAAUGGGUGCUGAAAAGGUCAUUUGCAGGGAUCCAAAGCAACAGUUUCCUAUAAGUAAUAAUCAUUAAAUAAAUGCAAUAAAAAACAUCCAAAUGUUA